UAUUAUUUCUUGUUUUAUAAUAUAUGAGAAAAAGCGUGCAUCAAAAUGUACAGUAAAUUUUCGAAAGAUUUUCUAAAAGCGCAUUAUUUUCGAAUUCGUUAAUGUAUAGACAACCACCGGAAAUUGGAUCAUCCUUAAAUUUUAAUUCUAUGAGAUCCUCGAUAUUUCGUAGAAGUGAAAAUAAAUUACCAAAUAUUCCAAAAUACUUGACAGAUUUUGAGAAUGUGUUAAAAAAUAAUUUCGAACCGACUAAAAGCUUGUUUCGUGGCAUUGUCGAAGUAAACGAUGGAUCGGCAGCUGCAAUAUUUGGAUCGGAUUUAAUGAUAUCGUUAUUAAAUUCGUGUGACACAAAGAAAGUUGAUAUCGAUGCAACUUUUUCGGUUUCUCCACGUCAAAUGUCAAUUUAUCAAUUAUACACUGUUCAUAUCCAAAAUCGGGGUACAGUGAGUAUAUAUGAAAAUAAACCAACAUUUUUAAACAAAUUAAUAAAAUGUUUAUUUAAAUAUAAUUAUACUGUCAAUAUCAAUAUUUUUUAAAUUUUUUAGAAUUUUUGUUCAUUAUGGGUUUUAAUGACACGAAAAACCUUACUGUUAUACACUGCCGUAUGGAAAAAGAUUUUGAAUCUAGCUCCCAAAUUGAAAGAGAAUUUGAUAGAAAUCAUGUCAGAUUUCGAGACCGCUAUACAAAAGUCAAUAACCAACAGCAUUUCAAAGGAGAUCACAGUUAAAGCAUGCUGGUUUCAUUUCUGCCAGGUUAUAAUUAUUCUG